AUGGCAAAAACGAAGUUCACCAAUAAGCCAGUUCAAAGCGAGGAUGUGGAGAGGGCAAGAGAAGAAAAGCGCGAGGGGAAGAAGAAGGUGGAGUAUAGUGGAAAGAGGAAGAAAGGGGCAGUUAAGGAAUCAGCUCCGAAGUGGCCAGAGACUGCUGGGCAAGAAAUGGACGACUCAAUGAUCCCGAGACCUUAUGGGGUCCAGGAACGCAUCCGUAUCUUAAGGAGAAUGCAGUUCAUGUCGAUGCGUUACCCACAUCCGGAAACCAUCAAGGAACUGGGAAUAGAGGAGGAUGUAAAUGAUAUCCUCUACUACACCGAGCUCGGAGAGUUCACGAAGCUAGCCCUUCCGGCGUACAGAGAACCGGCGAUUGAGUUCCUCGCGUCCUUGAAGCUCAAGAAGCAUCCCCAAGAAGCAGCCGCUGAGCUCAAGAGAGAUGGGAUCGGAUACAUCACCUUCACGCUUCUGGGACAAGAGUAUCUGUUCAGCAUGUUGGAGCUGGAGACAAUUUACAAGUUCGAAGAGAACCGGGGGCUUGACACAGAGAUGUGUGUGCCAGCAACAGAACUCCAUGCCCUUUGGAGGAUGAUAAGCUCCAGGUCCUAUCAGAUCUCCAAGAACAAGAGCGGUCACAUCAAGAACCCGGCCAUACGCUACGCUCAUAAGGAGAUCGCCAAUACUCUCUUUGCAAGGCAUGACUGCUCAAACGUCACAACGCAAGAACUUGAGCUGCUCGACGCCGGCAUAAUCCAGAAGCUUGAAACUCUGGAUGAUGGGGAAGAAAUGAAAGGAGACUUGAGGCAGACAAGCAAAGCAGUUGUGAUGGUGAGAUCCUUCAUGCACGUCAUGAGGAAUGCUGAGCUGUCCUAUGAACAAGGAAAGAUCAAGGAGGCACACUUAGUGAUAGGCAGCCUGAUCACUUCAAUCCUCCUUGCCACGAAAGUCAAGCUCCCUGCUCCUUCUCACCCGCCUACGUUUAUGGACCUCGCCUAUCUGAACAUGACUUGGUUCCUGCGUGGAAUGCACGACGGCAAGCAUGUGUAUCGCUUUGAGCAUCCCACAUUCGGCAUCUCAAAGGUUCUAUUACCAAACGUUGAGCUCACAAACACCAACACCCGGGAAGGAAUCCUGUUUCUCCCGACUGCGGACCAACUGUUUAUGGAUGGAGGUGAUGCAACGGUUGAGGAAGAACAAGGGAGAGAAGAAGGUGAAACUUUGGAGAGACGAUCAAGUAAGCUCGGUGAGUUUGACUUAAUCCCUUACAACGCGAGUGGAAGCGCUCCGGCAAUCAUCAAGGCGCACGAGCACAUUGGCAUGCUUCAAAAGUGGUGCAAGAAACAAGAUGAGGUGAUCAAGAAGCUCACCGAGACGGUUAACGUCCUCAAGGAGAAACUAUCUUGCAAGUCACCUAAAGCAACAAAAGCCGCAUCGCCAACUAAAACCGUGGAGCUGGCGUUAAGGAGAAGCAAGCGGAAGAGAAAACAGGCGCAUCGCCACCUCCAACGUCUUCCACCGAUCCAAUUGCAUUUUAGGAUUGAUUCUAGAUGCAUAUCAUUUCAAUUGCAUUGA